AUGAAAAAUCUAGGAGAAGUUUGUCAAAUGGCCAUAAAAAUACUAGAAGAAUUAUGCGAUAGAAAUAUUGAUAACAUAGAACUGAUGAUUAAAUAUAGACCAUAUUUAGACCAUUUAGGAGAAUUUGGAAAUAACUUGUUAUUAAAAUUCUUGUCAACUCCAAUUGGAUUCAAUUAUCUUUAUGAAAUUAAUUAUUUAGAGAGAGAAUUGAUUGAUUGGUUCAAUUUGGAAUUAAAGUUAUCUUUAAAACUGGAUAAGAAUGAAAACAAUGUUAAAUCUCUUGAUGGAUUGACCCCCCCUCAUUUCUAUGGGGAACUAAUUAAAACAAUUGAAGGCUGUCAGAUGCUAAGAGAUAAAGGCCAUUUUACAGAAUUUUCUAAUUAUAUUAAAAAUCAUGGAAUGGAAGAUACAAAUUAA